AUGAGUUCGGCAGUAGCCUCAAGGCUAUCAUGGGGACUUAUUCUCACUUCUAUUGACUUUUUGGCAUGUCUUUUAUUCGCUUGUCUUCACGAUGGAACUUUCAAAUUUGCAAAUUUCACUAGUCAAUUCUCCGAUUUCUCAUUUUUCACUAGCACAAUCGAUCUAUUCCUCCUCCAAUUACUCCGUUUUGCGUUAUGGAUGGUUCCAGCUGCGGUCCACGUGGCAAACAAAGCAGAUACUCUGACUAUGUGGAAAGAGCCAAUCUUCUGCACAUCUCUUAUCAUCUGUGCUGCUUCCCCAACCAAACUUCUUCUUCUCACAGAAAAAUUGAAGCCAGAUGAGUUUUUGACAUUCGGAGAUACUGCAUUCCUCGUCUGGAACUUUUUGGCUGCUAUUCUUCUGAACUCCUCGUGGUCAAGAUACUUCAUCAGAACACCUUCUUCUUAUAUUAUUUUGGAGGAAGAAGAUCUCGAGGUGGCUCCAAAACAAACAUUUGAACUGAUCUUCCGUCUUCUCCAAUAUUGUAAAAGAGAGUGGCUCUGGCAUAUUUCUGGAUUCUCUUGGCUCUUUAUCUACUCAAUCACACGUAUAUUCGUUCCCUACUACACUGGUCAAGUCAUUGCUACCGUAGUCGCCACUAAAUCCUAUCCAGCUCUUGCUAAUUCUGUCUACAUCAUGACAAUCAUCUCAUUGGUCAGUGCAGUUGCCGCAGGAUUCCGUGGAGGUUCAUUCGAAUAUGCAUAUGCCAGAAUUCAACGAUCAAUUCGUUAUGAUUUAUUCCAUGGACUUGUGAAACAGGACGUCGCAUUUUAUGAUGCUCACAAGACUGGAGAAAUCACUUCAAGACUAGCUGCAGACUGUCAGACAAUGUCAGAUACCGUUGCGUUGAAUGUUAAUGUUUUCUUGAGAAACUGUGUCAUGCUUCUCGGAUCAAUGAUUUUCAUGAUGAAACUCUCCUGGAGACUCUCUUUGGUCACCUUCAUCUUGGUCCCAAUCAUUUUCGUCGCUUCCAAAAUUUUCGGAACAUAUUAUGAUCAUCUCUCGGAGCGUACUCAAGACACCAUCGCAGCUUCGAAUGACGUGGCAGAAGAAGUUCUUUCCACAAUGCGUACCGUCCGUUCUUUUGCUUGUGAGAACGUGGAAUCUGAUCGAUUCUAUGGAAAACUGACCCAUACUUUGGAUGUGACCAGAACCAAAGCAAUCGCCUAUAUUGGAUUUCUCUGGGUCUCUGAACUCUUCCAAUCAUUUAUCAUUGUCGCUGUUCUCUGGUACGGAGGUCAUUUGGUGUUGACACAGAAAAUGAAAGCAGAUCUACUGGUUUCUUUCCUUCUGUAUCAAAUGCAAUUGGGAGAUAAUUUGAGACAAAUGGGAGAAGUUUGGACUGGAUUGAUGCAAUCUGUUGGAGCAUCCAGAAAAGUUUUCGAGUACAUUGACAGAGAACCACAAAUUCAGCAUUUGGGAGAGUAUAUGCCAGAGAACGUUGUUGGAAAAAUUGAGUUCAGAAACGUUCAUUUCAGUUAUCCAACAAGAUCGGAUCAGCCUAUUUUGAAAGAUCUCUCAUUCACCGUUGAACCAGGAGAGACAGUCGCGUUGGUUGGACCAUCUGGAUCUGGAAAAUCUUCUUGUAUCUCUCUUCUGGAGAACUUUUAUAUUCCAAAUGCAGGACAAGUUCUAGUCGAUGGAGUACCUUUGGAGGAUUAUGAACAUCAUUAUAUUCAUAAAAAGAUCGCUUUGGUCGGUCAGGAACCAAUUCUUUUCGCUCGUUCAGUUAUGGAGAAUGUCAGAUAUGGAGUAGAAGUUGCUGAUACAGAUGUAAUCCGUUCCUGCGAAAUGGCAAAUGCCCAUGGAUUCAUCAUGCAAACUACACUGAAAUACGAAACGAACGUCGGCGAGAAAGGAACACAAAUGUCGGGAGGACAAAAACAAAGAAUUGCAAUUGCUCGUGCAUUGGUUCGCGAACCAGCAAUUCUCCUUUUGGACGAAGCAACUUCUGCAUUGGAUACAGAGUCAGAGCAUGUUGUGCAAGAGGCAAUUUACAAGAAUUUGGGAGGAAAGUCGGUUAUUUUGAUUGCACAUCGAUUGUCAACUGUUGAGAAAGCUGAUAAGAUUGUUGUUAUUAAUAAGGGACGUGUCGAACAAAUUGGAAAUCACGAAACACUUCUGAAGGAUACAAAUGGAACCUACGCAAAACUCGUUCAACGUCAAAUGAUGGGAGAUCAAAAAACACGUAAGCGGGUUACAGUACCCCGAUCCGGACCACGUCCAGCCACAUCAAUAAACGUGGCAGGGCCAUCACAAGGAAAUGCAAUGUCACUUCUGUCUACUAGUUUCAGUCAAUCCGCCAGUAGUGUUACCUCCAAAUAA